CUUCUUCAUUCGUCGUGAACGUAGUCCAAACUCGCUUGUCGUGCUACUGCACGAGGCUCGACUGAGAGCCGGCUCAGUUACCGCGCUCUAUGGAUGGAACAAACAAAUUUAGUCCCUUGUAUGACCCAAAUGCCCUCCAUGACUUCCUGCGGCGUAACAAGGCGGUCGUAUGUGCCCUCUCAGCCAGCUACAUCUCCACAUUCGCUGGAUACCCGCUGGAUUCCCUCAAGUCGAGGCUGCAGACGACGAAGACGUCCAUUUCAAUCCCGAGAUUGGCCGCCUUAGUCUAUCGGGAGGAGGGUGUUAUGGGCUUCUAUCGUGGACUCUGGAUACCUCUUAUGACGAUAUCAUUUGUUCGAGCUGCCAGCUUCACCAUCUACUCGAGGACGAAAGAAUACUUUGCCAAUCAUGAUAUCCUCACCAGAAACAGCAUCAUCGAUGUGGGACUCACGGGUGGUAUUAGUGGAGCCAUGUCGGGAGCCUUGAUUUCGUUUGGGAGUGCUCCGUUCGAACUCGUCAAGGUCCGGAGGCAACUUGAAUACAGUAUCGCCGCGACCAAAGGCAUCACGUUGAAGAAAGCUCCUGGGACCCUCGAAGCCGUCAGAGACAUCUAUAGAAUCAACGGAAUUGGCGCGCUUUACAUGGGAUUCAGGCUGCACUUCAUUCGGGACACGAUGGGAACAGCCCUCUAUUUUCUUGAAUACGACGCCAUGCGGCAUCUACUUGGACGAAAUAGGCUCGGAGAACAGGGAGAAACACCACCCUGGCUACCUAUACAUUCGUCGCUCGUUCCAUUCGUGUGCGGUUCAUUGGCCGGGGUCACGUCAUGGGCGUUAAUCUACCCUCUCGAUGUUGUGAAGACCAAGGUUCAGCAACGCGCUUUGGCAGGGGAGAUGUAUCGAGGACCCUUUGAAACACUCUACCGGCUGAUACGAGGUGCUGAUCCGGCCAAUCCCAAACCCUUGCUAGCCGGCAUCAUGCGUCUGUAUCGCGGUCUUGGGGUUAGCGCCAUUCGAAGUAUCACAACGCACGGGUUAUUGUGGACACUUUUCGACAUGACUGCGACGUACAUUGAUAGGCUACCGAACCCUUCCCGUAGCAUGGAGUCCUAA